AUGGCUUCGACAACUGGAACUUCUCCCGUCCAUGGUGAUGAGAAGGCCUACAUAGACGGCUACCACAAUACUGAAAGAGGGGCGGCAGUUGGCAACGGCGUGUCCCACAGCAGGCCUCACCAGUCCACCGUGUCCCAAGUCAGAGACCCGCAGUUCUUCAAGGUUGCCAACCCCGGUCCCUUGGGCCUCAUCAGCUUCGCCAUGACCUCUUUUGUUCUCGGUCUCUACCUAUGCGGUGCAGGUCUCCCCGACUCCAAUUCGUUCGGCAGUGUCGGUCCAGACCAGGCCGUCUUCGGCCUCGCCCUCUUCUGUGGUGGAACCGCCCAGUUCGUCGCUGGAAUCAUGGAGUUCCGGGUGGGGAACACGUUUGGCACCACGGUUCAUUGCUCCUACGGUGCCUUCUGGCUCGCCUUUGCCAUGUUUCUCGUCCCUUCCCUCGGCAUCAAAGAAGCCUACAAGGGCGACGAGCGCGCCUAUAGCUUCGCCCUUGGCAUCUUUCUAAUCAUCUGGUGCUUCCUCACUGUUGUCUUCUUUAUUGCCGCCCUCCGCACCAAUAUCGCCGUUCUUGUCGUCCUUGGCCUCCUUGCCCUUACAUACCUAUUCCUUAGUAUCGCCCAAUUUAUCUCAACGACCCAUAUAACCGCCGCCCGCCGGGUCAACCGCGCCGGUGGCGUUUUUCCGUUCUCUGCGCCCUCUCUGCCAUUUACGCUGGCAGUGCUGGAAUUAUGA